AUGUUCAGUACUUCAUUAUUGGCGAGCGUAGACACAUCCCUGGACCCAGCACUCUGAUGCUUGCAGUCUUCCAUCACUACGACUAGUGGUCGGAUUUCUCCGUCUCUUCCUAGGGGAGUGGACAUCCCCAUUAAGAUGCUGGAAAGUGAUUUAACAAUCUGAGAUCGCAGAAACAAAGCUCGGGUUAAAUCUGUCCCCACAGACAUCCCGCCCCUCCCUCACACAUACACAAGCUGGCAUAUUUUUCCCAUCUCAUCUGGGUUGCAGUCUCCUCCUGCAGACGCCAGCUGCUGCCGAGCUGAGAUGAGAUUUUAGGAGGAGGCUGAUGCUGCUGUGGGUACCACUUGCAGAGGAACUAAGAGUUUACCGCUUGAGAAUGAGCGCUGCUGGGUCAUAAUGAGCUGCUGGGGAAUCUUUAUUCCCAAGAAGCAUCGGCAGCGUUUUGACCAUGUCGUGUCCCAGAGUCUCAUCAGCAAGAUCUGUCGAUCCAGGACCGAGCGCAGCAACCGCCUACGGAGAAGCCGCAGUGAGGACCAUCAUGAGAGGCUGUUGGUGUCUACAAAAGCAGCACAAAUGCCACACUGCCAGGAUGAGCUGGGCAGGGGACUGAAGAAGAGCACUUCACUAAUAGCUGGCAGCGUGGGCGCAGGAAAGCCACACAGGACGGUGAGAGUGUGUAAAGGAAGCAGCAGCUUUGGAUUCACUCUACGGGGAAAUGCCCCUGUGUGGAUUGAAUCUAUUGUGCCAGGCAGCCCUGCAGAUGCAGCCAAUCUCCGACCUGGAGACAGAAUCUUGUUCUUGAAUGGCUUGGACAUGAGGAACUGCAGUCAUGAGAAGGUGGUCUGCAUGCUGCAGGGGAGCGGAGCCAUGCCUACCUUGGUGGUGGAAGAGGGGAGCAUAUCUUACUGCGCAGACUCAGAUUCAGAGACCGCCGUACCAACAUCUGCUCUCACAUCUCUCCAGUGGGUGGCAGAAAUCCUUCCCUCCAACAUUCGCAUCCAGGGACGCAGUUUUAGCCAACAACUGGAACACCUUCUGACUCCCACCGAGCGGUACACGAUCUGCAAAGGGCUGGAGAGCUUCUUCCAGCACAGAAACAUUGACACCCUGAUCGUGGACAUCUACCCCGUCCUGGACACUCCAGCCAAGCAAAUCAUCUGGCAGUUCAUCUUCCAGCUGCUGACCUACGAGGAGCAAGAGCACUGCCAACACAAAAUCGCUCGCUUCCUGGGCUACAAGGCAGCUGCCAUGGAUGCAGAUACUGUGGCACCACACCGGGGCUCCGUCCAUGGACAGGCAACGUAUCAGGGGAGCAUAAGAGCUGCCGGAGAAGCAAAAUCGGUAGCUAAGUGUGACCCAAUGGAAGUUGCUCCCCGGGUGGUCCAUGGAGAACGACAAGCCGGAGAUGGGACAUCUUUGCCAGAAACUCCCAACCCAAAAAUGAUGUCGGCAGUGUAUGCUGAGCUGGAAAAUCGUUUUAUUAACAGUUACCCAGGAAAAGUGAGCAGUAUGAGGUCUCGGGCGUCAUGCAACCUCUAUCAUACAACAGGAGAACGGAAGUUGGUUCAAAGACACCCAUGGAAAAAUCCUGCACCUCCAUCCGACCCGUGUCCUCCGCGGCCUCCCAGCGCCCCUUCACCCAGCAGCUCUGAAUCUAACCCUUAUGUCAGUCUGGAUGGCAGCCUCCCCCCUUCCCCAACGCACAGGAAGAUUUUCACUUUCUCGAGGCCAAAUCGUUCUCGAGAUACAGACCGAUUCUUGGACGCGCUCAGCCGGCAGCUAGGACACAGUUUGACCAUCACUGACCAGUUUCUGACCCCUGAGAAUGACUAUGAAGAGAUGACAUUUCAGGAUGAACAAUUGAGCUGUGGCCCACGUGAUAUUAGCACUACCAGCGAAUCAAUGGGCAGCAGCGAAGACGGGAGCUCUCUCACCUAUUCAUCAGUGUCUGAUCACAUCCCACCACCACCUCCCAGCCCGCCUCCACCUCCUCCGCCACACCAUCCCAGGGUAGAAGUCAAGAAAGAAACCUCUAAAGGCCUCCCUCCUCCCUAUUCCCGGGCUGUGGGGAGCUGUCUGCACCCUUUACCUCCAGCCCCUCCUCCGCUCCCCAUUCCUCCUGUUCCUCCCAUUCCUCCUGCACCCCCUUUAGAGCCCUUGGCACAUCGCAGCAUGCACCGGCGGAGUGAAUCCAGCCACAUGAGCGUGAAGCGGCUACGCUGGGAGCAAGUGGAAAAUUCGGAGGGAACGAUAUGGGGACAGCUGAGGGAGGAUUCUGACUAUGAAAAAUUGAGCGAUAUGGUGAAGUAUCUGGACUUGGAGCUGCAUUUUGGAACACAGAAACCUGCAUUUCUUCCGGCGGUGCCAGAAUCCUUGAAAAACAAAGGUGCUGUAGAAAUAUUGUCACACAAGAAGGCCUAUAACACAGCUAUCCUGAUAGCGCACUUGAAGCUCACGCACCAGGAAUUGCGCCACAUCCUGAUGACCAUGGAGAACGAGAGGCUGGAGCCCUCACACGUCAAACAGCUGCUGCUCUACGCACCGGAUGAGGAGGAGAAGAAAAUGUUUCAGGCCUACACCGGAAGCCCCAGCAAGCUCAGUGAGCCUGAUCAGUUUGCUUUGCAGAUGAUGUUGGUCCCGGACUAUAGGAUACGCCUCCGAAGUCUCCUAUUCAAGAGCACCCUGCAGGAGAAGACAGAGGAAAUCCGGGCCAGCUGUGACUGUGUCCUUAAGGCCUCCGCUGAGCUCAGAAAUAGCAAGAAACUGGCCAGGAUCCUGGAGUUUGUUUUAGCCAUGGGGAAUUAUCUGAAUGAUGGACAGCCCAAAACAAACAGGACCACCGGUUUUAAGAUCAACUUCUUGAUGGAGCUCAACACCACCAAGACUGUGGAUGGGAAGUCUACCUUUUUGCACAUACUUGCCAAAUCCCUCCGACUGCAUUUUCCUGAGCUACUAAGCUUUGCCAAGGAUCUUCCUACCGUGCCUCUUGCUGCCAAAGUGAACCAGAGGUCCCUUACUGCUGACCUGAGUGAUCUACACGUGACCAUCCAGGAGAUCAAAAAUGCCUGCAGCCAUAUGAGUAGUUCGUCCGAGGACAAGUUCUCUCUCACUAUGAGUACAUUCCUGGAGAACACUUUUCCCUGUAUGCAGAGCCUGGACACCCUGCAGCACCGGGCGAUGGAAGAUUUCUUUAAAGUCUGCUCCUACUUUGGAGAAGAUCCCAAGGGCUCCACCACUGAGGCUUUCUUUGGAAUAUUUUCUGACUUCAUCAGCAAGUUUGAGAAAGCCUUCAGUGACCUUUAGACAGGGGACACUCAGCUGACUCCUGGGAACCCUCCCCUUCCAGUAUGGUAACACAUGAUGUGCAAUGGAGGAUACAGCAAUGGCAGCUCAGCCGUCUUACCAUCACCACCUUGUGUGCAUUCUGCAUUGAGGAACAGGAGCCAUAGAGGAAUACAGAAAGUUGACCAAGACAAGGGAACGAACUGACCUCACAGAG